CUCCCGCGCCCCGCUCGCUCAGCUCCUCUCCUGAAGACGGCUGACGCGCGUGAGCAGGAAGAAAUGGAGGGAAAUGGUUGUUUGAAGUUUGUCCCGGAACAGGGAAGCUGACUGUGGCCCGAGCGUGGGGAGUGAGUGGAUGGAUGGGAUCGAGGCGGGAUCUUCAGCACGAGCAGGCGGGCUGGGCACGCAUCUUCCCGCGCACCGCCUUUCAACCGGUCAGCCCGCGCGAUGGGGGCCACGCCCAUCCUUUCCCGCCGCCUCCUUCAGUGGCCUGACUCGGCCAUUCUGCUUCCGAAGUGGGUGAGCUACUGUCCAAUGAGGGCAGACAGCCUCCGCAAACUCGCCGCCAUUGGCCAGACGCGAUGUCAAAUCCCAGGCGGGGAUGCGGGGCUUCCACUCUUCCUCUCAAAGAGUUCCCGCAGAGGACCAGCCAGGCGCCAUCUUCGCAGCUCUUGCGGAUCCCGGUUCGGCAGUCACGGGCACCUUUGGGACAGAUUCUCAGCUUCUACUGAAGGGUAAAUCUGGACGCUGUUACUUUAUUUGGCCAGAAAUCCAAGUGGAAGUGAGUUAUAUUCUCUUGGAACUCAUCAUGAAUUUCAUGAAGGCUGAAGAGAACACGUCAUUCACUGCUACAGGAAAUCACCAGAGUACCAGACCUGAAGUUUCAAAGGAUACUGUCAUGCAGCAGGCAUGUUCUGGCACACCUGUUGAUCAAUCUCUAUCUGACAUACGAGAGUGUAACAGCACCAUUAAAGUUAAGAGUGAAGUCAGUGAGCAUGAAACAUCCGCUAAAAGUCAGAACCCACAUGUGAGCACCAGUAGAGAAUGUUGUUUCACCUUUACUUUGAAUGAACGCUCCAGGAAGUCAGACCGUAGUGUAUUUACAGCAUAUGGUGAACUCAAUGAGAAUAUCUACUCAGUUCUAAGUGCUAAUGACAAUUUUAGUGGAUGGAUGGAGAAUCGUUUUAAAAAGAACAUUUUUGUUUAUGAAGAAAAAACAAUAAAAGGAUAUGUAAAUUUAGGAAUGCCUCUCAGAUGCCUACCUAGAGGUUCCCAUUUUGAAAUAACGUUUGGUCAAAGAAAGGAUGACCAGGAAGAAGAUGGUCCGAUAUUACGCCAAUGUGAAAAUCCAAACAUUGAAUGCAUUCUUUUUCACGUUGUUGCUGUUGGGAAGAACAUAAAGAAGAUUCUCAAGAUCAAAGAACUUCAUGAAAAAGGAACUACGCUUUGUAUCUAUGCUUUGAAGGGUGAGACUAUCAAAGAAGCCCUAUGCAAGGAUGGCCGAUUUCGGUCUGAUCUAGACACAUUUGAAUGGAAAUUAAUGGAAGGUCACCAGAAAAUUCAUGGAAAACAGUCCAUGGUGGAUGAAGUAUCUAGAAAAGUCUUAGAAUUGGACAUUUUUAAAAGACCAUUUGUCAGGAAAGGUACCCAUAAACAAAUUAAACAGAAGGAUGAAAAUGCCACUGAUGAAAUUGGUCCCUGGGAUUUGAUACAGUCUAAGAGCAAAGUCCAUGAACCAGAGAAAGAUGGAAAGACUGAAGAUGGAGAACACAACAGAGAAAAAAUUCUCACACCUCAAAGUCUAGGGGAUGAUAUUGAAGAUAAGACACACCAGACAACUUCCAAAACCAAACGUUAUUACAAUAAUAGUUGCUUCAAAAAUCGUAGGGGGAAAAACCCAAAUGUUAGGCAAAGGCCCAAUCUGGUUAUGCAAUAUGCUAUUAAUUGGGAUCUCCAGAGGGAGGUAGCUAAUCUCUGGGUGAAGAAUUUACAGGUGUUGAGCAAAGUUAUGAUGCAUCAAUAUCCACAUUUUAAUGAAGAGGCACUUCGGAUACAAAAUUAUUUUGAGGAAGAACAGAAGAGAACGCAACUGCCAACAUUUGAACAAUUCAAUAUCUAUAAAAAGUACUUUGGAAAAGUGACUGAAAAUUCGACUUCAGUUGCAAUCUGUGAACGUCUUGUUCAUCUUAGUAAGUCAGUUGGGUUCAUGCAAUGGGACAAUAAUGGAAACACAGGCAAUGCUACUUGCUUUGUCAUCAACGAUGGUUUUAUUUUGACCUGUCAACAUGUUUUACAUUUCAUGGUGGGAAAAGAUACAGAUCCAGAUUCGUGGCCGCAUAUAAUAAGCAAGUGUGCAAAGGUCACUUUCAAUUAUAAUGAGUUCUGUCCUAUUGAUGUUGAUUGGUUUUCCAUGGAGCCUCGUUUGGUGAUGUCUGAUGAAACUCUAGAUUAUGCCAUUUUAAAACUAAGAGAAAAUGGAAAUGGAUUUCCUCCAGGCCUAGGUGGACAAUUUUCCCCUCAACCAUCUAGUGGUUUGCUUUAUUUAAUUGGUCACCCAGAAGGCCAGAUCAAGAAAAUAGAUGGUUGUGCUGUGAUUUCUUUAGAACAACGGUUAGAGAGGUAUCUAGACCAUCAUCAAGAUGGGGUAGCAGGACCCUAUGCUGCCACUUAUAAUGCUCGCCCUAUGUUUACCCAGAGAAGUUUCCCAUCAGAGGUUCAGAGCACUCACACAAUUAGUUAUGAUACUUGUUUUUCUGUUGGGGCCUCUGGCUCCCCAGUGUUUAAUGCAUCUGGCAAUUUGGUUGCUAUGCACUCCUUUGGGCAUUUUUAUAAACAUGGAGAUGAGGUUUACGCCUUUAUUGAAUAUGGCUAUUCUAUGAAUUCAAUUCUUUGUGAUAUUAAACAGAAAGAUGAGAGCUUAUACAAAUUAUUAACAGAAGAGAAAAAUGAGAACCACCAUGAAGAGAAAGAUAACAAACAAGAGUCGUUACUUCAAGAUCAUCAGAUUGAACCCAUGGAAUAUUAGGAAAAGGAUGCUGCUUUAAAAAAAAUAUGCCAAUAGUUUAAAGUAUUUGGGGCUGUUUCUUUAAAGUAUAAUGAAUAUUAUUUCUCAGAAAACUUACAGAGAAUCAUGUGGAUGUACAAAACAGAUAUUAGAGUUCAAAUGAAUAUUGACUUUUUUUCUCAUUGGCUUUUUCUUUUAAACAACCUCAAGCCUCACUUAAAAUAUUUAGGUUGGGUGGUAACUACUGGCGUAAGAUAGGCUAUAAGGAUGUAUUGUACAACAUGGGGAAUAUAGCCAAUAUUUUGUAAUAACUGUAAAUGGAGUGUAACCUUUAAAAAUUGUAUAACAAUUUUUAAAAAUAUAAAAAUUUUUUUAAAAACUUAGGUCACUUACUCAAAUAGUUUGGUGUUUGCCAUUCUAAAUGCCUAGGAUGGUAUAUCCAUUCCAUCUUUAUAACUGGUGAAGUGAUUAUUAUUCUCUGUGUAACAAGAUAAUAGGGAAAUAUACCUUUAGAGUUAAGGAAAAAAGACAUAUUGUUCCUCUAAAACCCAAAAUUCUUUGAUCUUAAUUUUUUCCCUUCUAUGCCACUGUGACAUCAGCCUCUAUUGUAAUUGCCAAUAGAAAAUCCCAGCUUUUCAGUUCUUUUCUCUAGUUCUGCCCUUCUCUGGCAGAUAUAAAGAGUGACUUGACUAGUCUCCAUCUCCACCCUCUCAUGUUCACAGUCUAGAAAGCUAACAACUAAAUAUGUCAGUCCACAAUUUGCAACUAAGAUUCUGGAUAUAAAUCAGGUUCCUCUAAAUAGAUGCACUUGCAUGUAAUUUGGAAGACAGAUAUUAAAUGGAGGCCAUCUUUCUUCUCCAUAUUCUGGCAAACUAAGUCAGAAAAGUGAGUGUCUAGAGACAGUAGUGUUGGCCACAUUCAAUGUCAGUGUUUAGUCAUCAGCUUCAUGGGUAGUGGCAGUGUCAGCAGCCAGAAUCAGCAUUGCAAUGUCUGGUCACUCACUUAGAUGGUGUGGAGAGGCAUUUGUAACAGCUUCCUAGUCCAGCUUCCUGAUUCCUGGAUUGCAGCUAUGAAGGUGUGUUCUUGAACUCAAUAAUUCCAAUAUUGGCCUUCUGAAUCCCACUGCUUUUUAUCAUACUAAAGAUUUGCCAGCACUAACCACUUCAGUUAUAUCUCUUUUACCUGCACUGAACUCUGACAUACCCUCCAUACUAACUAGCAAUUGAUGGAACUGUCCAAAUAUAUGAUAGUCUUCCAGCCGUGCAAAAGCCAGAAAUCUGACUCAGAAAAAUUGUUGUUUCGGAAACUUUAGAUUUGUAUGUUUAUUAGAAACUGUCGAAUUUCAAAAAUAAAAGAGGUUUAUUUCUCUCUUGUGU